CCCGCUCUUCCCGCUGCUCGCCCUGCUCUUUGAGAAGUGUGAGGGCUGCACUCAGGGCUCGGAGACCACCACCUCCGCCAGCUUUGACCUGGACAUUGAGACUUUUGUGAGGCGACAGCACAAGGAGGGCAAAGAUUUCUUCUCAGACGACCCCGAGACGGACAGCCUGAUGGUGAAGGCCAUUCAGGUGCUGAGGAUCCACCUGCUGGAGCUGGAGAAGGUGAACGAGCUGUGCAAGGAUUUCUGCAGCCGCUACAUCUCCUGCCUGAAGACCAAGAUGAACAGCGAAACGCUGCUGAGCGGGGACCCGGGAGGACCCUACUCCCCCGUACAGAGCGGGAUCAGUGGGAUCAGCGGCGCCCUAAGCCCUCAGGGGAUUGUCGUUCCGGCCUCCGCUCUCCAGCAGGGAAAUGUAGCAGUGGCCACUGUAUCAGGUGGCACUGUGUACCAGCCUGUGACUGUAGUCACCCCGCAGGGGCAGGUUGUAGCUCAAGCGUUGUCUCCUGGUACCAUCCGAAUCCAGAACUCACAGCUCCAGCUUCAACUCAGUCAGGAUCUCGGCCUCUUACACACGGACGAUGGAUCUGGAAAGAAUAAGCGCGGAGUCCUUCCCAAACAGGCCACCAACGUCAUGAGGUCCUGGCUCUUCCAGCACAUUGGGCAUCCGUACCCGACCGAGGACGAGAAGAAGCAGAUCGCAGCCCAGACCAACCUGACCCUGCUGCAGGUGAACAACUGGUUUAUCAAUGCCAGACGCAGAAUCCUUCAACCAAUGCUGGAUUCAAGCACAACCGAUACCCCGAAAUCCAAGAAAAAGAGCGGGCAGAGCCGCCCAGUGCAAAGGUUCUGGCCCGACUCCAUUGCGGGGGGAACACCGCAGCAAGGAGAAGACAUGGCCCUAUCUGAUGGCAGUGUUGUGACCCUUUCGGGGGGUCUCGGAGCGGACAGUUUGCAGUCGUUGACGUCAGACGGGGCCACGUUGGCCGUACAGCAGGUGAUGCUGGGAGGACAGAGUGAUGAUGAUUCUCUGGACACGGACCAGGAGGACUCAGAGACGGGACUGAGUGCGGGGGAGCUGAGGGGUCUAGUGCUGAGCGGUGGGGGGCUCCAUUGAGGACACAUGGGUCGCGUACACUUGGUAUUGUCCGUGCUGUGCACAGUGUGAUGACCGGGACGCACAGGGCAAGUUUCACCCAAACUAUUUUAUCUUCACUUGCGACAAAAUAUUUGCACCUUAAUAAAGAAAACCUGUCGCUUCCAAGGAUUUCACUGCCGAAUGUCCCCUGUGCCAAAUGGAUUCCCAGGAUUGGGAAGGGGGCAGCCAUGACUGAUAUUUAUAGACUGCGGACGGUCCGGUGGGAUUGGAACAAUAAGGGUUGUGCAGCAUGUAGCGUGUAACACUCCUGGUACUGACAUUUCUACACUCCAGGCUGGAGGAUCGGUGGAUGGUCGCAACGUCUCCUCAACCUCCUGACUGAAGGCAAAUUCAUCAAACGUCGAUUUUACUCCCUAAAUAGAACUGUAUUUUUGUAGAGUUGUGAAAGAAUAAACCUUGGAAA